AUGGAACUUAUUUCAAAGAAAAUCAGUGCUAACGAAACAUCAAAUAAGAAAAGGAAAAAAAAUAUUGAAAUAACAACAAACUUAAAAAAUAACUUAAAAAGUCUGAAAUUAAGCGAAAGAAAUGAUAUAAAUUAUUUCGCACAAAAUGUAAAAACAACUGAUCAAAAGGAUGCUGCAAAAAAAAGUACAACGAAACAUACGCUAAAGAUAGAUAAAGCAUUAAGGGCUGAAAAUGCACCCCACAACAAAAAUUUGAACGUUGAUAUUUCUAAGUACAAAAAGGUAUUCAAUAAAGCAAGUGUUGAUAGGACUGUCAAAGGGCAACAGAAAGACAAAGAAAAGUUAAAGAAAAUAAAAAAAAAAAGAAAAAAAAAAGAAGGAGAUGGGGAAAUAUCAGAGGUAUACGAAAUAGAAAGGGAAGCAACAAAUGUACAAUCACAACAGGUAUAUAAAAUCAAUAAUAAUGAGUCGAUGUUGAGUUCAACGAACGUUGAGGAAAAAGAAGAUAUUGAGAAGCACCAUGAGGAAUUAGAAAAACUCGUUAACAUUGGUAAGGAACUGAAGAAGGACACGAAUCAAAUAAUUUCAGAACUAAAAAAUAUUCUUAAUAUUGUAGAAAAUCCAAAGGAACAUAAUAAAAUAGAUGGACUUAAGUCAAAAGAGAUAAAAAUUUUAGAUUCGUGGUAUUUUGCAAAUAAGCUGAAAAUUAUACCUUGCUUAUUUGAAGACAAACCAUUAAGUGCAAAUCUGUUAAGCUCUUUAUAUGCUGUUGAACCUUCUUUUAAAAAUAAGAAAAAUAAAAUUAUUAUAUAUUUAAAAUUUGUGAAAGAUAAAUAUGAAAAGUCAUUAAAGAAAUGUAGUGAAAAUCAAACAGAAGACAAAGGUGAAUUUUGCAAAAAUAAAAUUCUGCAUGUAUUAGACAAUAGUACGGAAAAUUUAAAAGAAAAAGAGUAUAUGAAAAAAUUAAUUACACUAAUUAAAAACGAAAGUAGUUACAAAAAUUUAAAACAUUAUUUCAGUUAUCUUUUAACCGUUUUAACUGUUGAUACAUAUGACGUGUUUUUAGAAGAAGAUGGACUUGUAUGCAUUAAAGAUAUUUUACAGAGCAUUGCAAAAAAAAAACUAAUAAAAAAAUGUAUUGCUCUGUUAAGGCAAAUUUUAAAUAUAUUGCAAAAAUUAAAUAUUACUCUUGAUCAUUUAAAAAAUACUUUAAUAGGUAUCCCUAUCAAUUUUAUUUCUAGAAACAAAAUAGACAAAAAAAAUAAGUUAGACUAUGUAACGGAUAAUGAACAAAUAAGAAAUAUUGCAAAGGAAUUAAUAGACAAAUGGAAACUAGUACGUGAUAAAGCAUUAAGUGAAAAAAAUGUAGAUAGUGAGAACAAAGAAUUAAAGAUAAAUGUGGGCGAAAAUAUGACCAAUGAGAUAGAUAAUAUUGAGCAUGAAAAUAUCCCCCAAAAUAAUAUUUGCAACAAUAGCGAUAAUACGGAAAAAGUUAAAAGCAGCUCUAAUGAUAUGAGUACAAAUAACCUGAAUAGUGCAGAAGAAAUAACUAUUGCAAAUAAAACAAAAACUAUAGAUAUUGAUCUCAGGAACAAUAUUUGUGACAUUGAAACAAACAAUAUCACAGUCAUGAAUAAGACGAAAUCUUUAAAUUUGAAAAAUGUUGAUAAGGGAACUGAAAAUGUUAAGGGGAGUCCAAAUACCUUCAAGUUAAAUCAGAAUUGUACAAAAAAUGCUCUUAAAAAGGAUAAUAAAAAAAAAAUGGACAAAUCGAAUGAAAGUAAAAAUAUCAUGCUCGAAAUAAUAGAUACUCUAAAUGAAGAAUAUGAAAAGAAGAAAAAAAGACAUUUAGAAUAUAAAAAAGCAAAAAUUGAAGGAAAGAUAAAAAAGUUUAGUGCUUUAAAAAAUACUUCAGAAAUUAGCAAAAAUGAUAAUUUGUUAACUGAUAUAGCAAAAAUUAAAAUGGUACCUGUGAAUAGCACAUUAAAUAAAAGUCUACACAUGAAUGAUUUUCCCAAACAGCAUCAUCAUAAUCAACAUCAUUUAAAUAGCAAUUUUUCGGAAAUUCGAAAUUUAAUGAAAAAUUAUAAUAUAAAUGAAGCAUUGAAAACAGAAGCGAGUAGUAUGACACUGUCAGCAUCGCCAUAUGAGAAAAAGAAUGAAAAUUAUGAUAUACCUAAUACGAAUAUAAAGAAUAGAAAUGUUAACGAAUUAUUAAAAGAAUCAUAUACUAAUAACAGUACUCAAAGGAAUGAAACCAAUUUAAAUAGAAAUGUGCAGUCUCAAAAAAUGACAAAAAAUAGAGAACAAUUAGUAGAUAAACAUGUAUAUUAUAAUAAAUAUAAUACCCAUGAUGGUACAAAUAUUUUGAAUAAUACAUAUACGGAAAAUGAAAUAUAUAUUAAUAAUAAUAAUAAUUCCACGUCGAUGAACUAUAAUUUAAAUCAUUUAAAAAAGAAGCGUGUUUUUUCAAAGUAUCCAUAUGCUACUAGUGAAGAUGACCUACAUGACAACUACUGGAGUGCGCAUAACUACAAAAUGAAAACAGAUGGAAUACAUUUUUCUGAUAAUAUGGGUAAUGAAGUUGCUGAGGAAAAUUUUAGUAAAUUUUCUAGCAGUGGAAAAAAUGGCCUUUCCGAAAAAAAUAGCCUUGAUAAUAAUAAUUUUCAAAAUGCAACAGAACAUACCAAGAAUGAUUUCACAUUUAAAGGCACCAAUAUCAACCAAGGAAAAACAGUUCAAUUUUCCAAUGAUGAUCUUAGUAUGCAUUCCUAUGACACAGGUUCAUAUGAUAUUAAUUCCAUGAAGGAAAACAAAAAGUUGAGCGAUGAUAAUUUAAUUAAAGACCCCUUUGAAUACUACCCCAUUAAUUGUGAUGAUAAUAACAAUAAUAAAAAUGGUAGAAAUAACAGCAACGUUCCCAUUAAUAAUUUCAAGGAUCAAAACAAUAGUAGCAGUAUCCGUAAUAGUAGUAGUCGUACUAGCGGAAAAAAUACUUCUGUAUUAGGUUCACUUGAAAAUUCUUUUAUGAAUUUGUUAAGCUAUAACAGUAUGCCACAAAAUGAAAGAGACGUGAAAUAUAAUAAUAUACCUAAUUUAAAUGAAAAAAAUAAAAACGAUGUUUUAAAUUUAUUAAAUAAAAACUCGUUUAGUGAUACAAUUAUUAGGACAUCACAAAAUUUAAAUGUACCUGAUGAAGUUAAUUACAAUUAUUCCAAUAAGGAGAAAAAUAAUGAAUACGAAAUGUUUAAUAUAGCUUCAAAAUAUAAUUUACCAAAUAUUAAGCAUAUGCUAAAUAGUUCAUUGGACGAAAUUUUUAAAAUAUAUAAAAGUUUUGAAAAUAUAAAAGUAAAUUACAAAAUAGCUGUAAAGGAUAUUUAUUACCCUGAAAGGAUAUAUAAUGAUAGCGAAGUAAUAAAAAACGAUAUAAUUGUAAAAUUUAAUUAUGAUAAAUUACAAGAAAAAAACAACGUUUCUUUUAUAUAUUUAAUAUAUAAGAAUAUGUUAAAUAUGAAUGAACAUAUGAACCAUGUUUCAAAUAUGAUCAAUUCAAAUAAUACCCCAAAUAACGUCCCAAAUAACGCUUCUCGGAAUGUGAAUACCAUUACGAAUAAGGAGUUUAAUAUGCUACCUUUACCUGAAUUAUUUGCACCAGCAAAUUUGAACGAACUGAAAUUACCUCCUCUACCCAUUUUACCAAAUUUGCCGCCUUCACAGAAUAUUAUACCUCCGAUUAUUUUCCCAUACAAUAACAAUACAAAUAAAUACCAUGAACAGUCAUUAAAUAGUAUUCAUAUUGUAGAUAGUACAACUAAGCAUGAUAAAUCACCUUCAAAUAAUAAACCUUAUAAUUCACUGGAGGAAUUUAUAAAUAUUUUUGAUGAAGAUAUUCAAAAAAUUUUGCUCAAAAAUACAGACUUAGUCCAUUUAUUGAUGAAUAAGCCUGAUGUUGUUACGAAAAUGCUGAAGGGCCCACAGUACAUUAACGAGGCUUUGUGUUCUCUGGAGGAGGAAUUAAAAAAUUGGAACAAAUCGAAUUUAACUUGA